AGAAACUCCCAAGAGAAUCCACAACGAUCCCCUAGUCACUUUUUAGUCAGUUCUGGCGAAGGGGGAAGGGUUGGAUUCAAUUUACAAACGAGACGGUGAAUCUGAGUACGUACGUCUUUCACUAUUUUUUCUUCACUUCGUUUACAAUACCUUUUUUCCCUUCUUUCUCGUGGUCUGCGAUCCUUAUUCAGUACUGCAUAGUACAACUCUUUCUAAGACAAACAAACGCUUUAUCCCGUUCGAGUAUAUCGCGUCGCGUUCGUCUAUUUGAUUCUGAUUAAGAACCCUACUACUGCCUCCUUAACCACCUACUUGAACCACCCAUACCUCAUACCUUAUUGCCGAUAGCUUGCGUUCUUAGACCCGAUAGAUGUUAAUCCACCCUCUACGAAGACUUGACACCCAACAUAAACUCUAGGAACGCUCCGAAUAAAACAUCCAACGCUUCACACCCACCUGGUGGCUGUCAAUAUGUCCGGCCCAGAGGAGCAGCAUGUGUCCGACGCCGCUCCCCAGGCACAUGGCUCGCCGACCCUUUCGGACAAGGACACAGACACCUUUGAAGAUGCCCUUGACACAGGAUCUAUAAGAUCCCUAACAAGUCGCAAGCUUUCACCCCGGCCAAGUAGCAUUGCUAUUAGCGAGACUCCCGAAUUACCAGAGGCAGAGGAACCGACGGCCGAGGAGAAGCCAAAUGGAGACGUAGUUCACGAAAAAGAGAAGCAGAAAGAAGAAGAGAAAGAGGAAAAGAAAGAGGAUGGGGAUGAGAAGGACGUAGAGAGUGAGAAAGAGAACGAGAAGGAGAAGAUAGCAGAUGAGGAACCGGCACCUCCCUCUAAGCGCAACUCGAAUGUGUCUUUAGACAAUGUCGACCUUAGCGACGAAAUUGAAGAGCAGCCACCUCUGCCGCCGAAAGAACAACCACCUAUAGUCGUACACAAACAACCGUCAAAGAAACUUUCUCUUAGCAAUAUCGCCGCAUCCUUGCCAUCAAUGCCAUGGUCUCCUAAUCCCUCUAGCUCAGAUUCGCCGCCGAAGACAAGUCCGAACAUGGCUGUUCCGCCUUCAGGGGUUGCCCCCACUUCUGCGCCGACAGCUCGGAAGAUUACAGGUCCAUUCUCCUGGCUAUCCCGCAAUUCCACGCAUAAAGACAAGGAUAAGGAUGUAACAUCCCCGCCUGCUACUGCUUCUACCUCACCACGAAGAAACACAGCAAGUUCAAUAGCCACCUUAACCAGUAAUCCAGAAAUGAUGCUUGGAAAGCUGGAGGAAGAGAAUGAGGGCGAGAGCGGGCCUCGCCUGUCAAGAAAUAGUUUGAAGGACAGGUUUAAGAUGGUGCGCAUGCGGGAGGAGGCAGGCAUUUCUCUCGAAGAUGAUAAACCCCAAGGACUAGCGAGCCCAGCUGGUGAGAGCAGUGAUGGAAUGAGCGCAGCACAACCUCCGGCGUCGCCCCUACCACCGAAUGCGGAUAGUAGUCUGGCCCCCGGCACCGUGUCGGGCGUAUCUGCCGGCCCUUCAACCACUGCUGAUGCUCAGGUUGACUGGGACCUGUGGCAGUCCGUCGUCUACGAGGGCCCUGCCGCUGUCGCAAGGACCAAUCCGGAGGAGCUUAACAGAGCGAUUGCUACGGGCAUUCCCAAUGUGAUCCGCGGUGUGGUCUGGCAAGUACUUGCCCAAAGUAAAAAUGAGGAGCUUGAGAGGGUGUAUAAGAGUUUGGCAGCUCGAGGUUCCGAGAAGGAUAAGAACCGGGAUAGCAAUAGCACAUCUAUGAGUGUUUUGAGCAACAGUAACUUGAGUUCGGAGAAGGACGCUGUGGCGUCUUCUGCCUCAUCCGUACACUCAGAAGUCUCUGGAGGUAGUAACAAAAAGUUGCCUACACCGCCUGAACCAUCUGAAGCUGUCCUCAAGGCUCAGGCCCUUGCCAUUGCAGAAAGGAAGAAGAAGGAUAAAGAAGACGCCGCGGCAUUAUCCAGGCUUGAGAAGACCAUUAAGAGAGACCUCGGCGCCCGAACGAGCUUCUCUAAGUACGCGGCAGCGGCUGGUCUGCAAGAUGGCCUAUUCGGCGUCUGUAAAGCUUAUGCACUUUACGACGAACCGGUUGGUUAUGCCCAGGGGAUGAAUUUCCUCAUCAUGCCGCUCCUCUUCAAUAUGCCGGAGGAAGAAGCGUUCUGCCUACUAGUCCGAUUGAUGAAUCAGUACAAGCUACGCGACCUGUUCAUUCAGGAUAUGCCAGGUUUGCACAUGCAUCUGUACCAAUUCGAACGGUUACUAGAGGACCUCGAGCCGGCCUUGUAUUGCCAUCUACACCGUCGUGGCAUCUCACCUCACCUAUAUGCGACACAAUGGUUCUUGACUCUUUUCGCAUAUCGAUUCCCUCUCCAACUUGUACUGAGGAUUUAUGAUCUUAUCUUCUCGGAGGGCCUUUCGGCUAUCUUGAAAUUCGGUAUUGUCUUAAUGCAGAAGAAUGCGGCAGCACUUCUCGGCAUGUCCGACAUGGGCCAAUUAACAAGUUUCCUCAGAGACAAGCUAUUCGAUGCCUACAUUGAUCAGUCGCCAAGUGCCGGUAGCAUUCUCGAGAAUGGCUUCUUCGGUAGCAGCUCUUCUAGCAUCGAUAAAGAAGUUUACCGAGCGGAUCAAUUGGUUCGGGACGCAUGUGAAGUUAAGAUUACACCCGACCUUCUUAAAUCGUAUACCACAGAGUGGGAAGAAAAGACCCGUGCAGAGAAAGAGCGUGAGAAGGAACUGGAAACGUUGAAGAACUCAAACAUGAGCUACGUUAUUAAGAUCCGAAAACUUGAGGAGCGUCUUGAGGCUAGCGAUCGUGAACAAGCCACUGUGACGACGGACCUUGUUCAUACCAAGAUCGAGAAUGAGGAACUCAAAGACAAGAACGAGAGUUUGACGGGCCAGGUUAAAGAGCUUCACAACAUCAUCGAGAAGCAACCUGAAGAAAUAGAGGGUACCUGGAAACUUGAGCGUGACGACCUGAUGAAGCGAAACGAGAAGGUCCACGAGGAGAACACUAGACUCGAAAAGGAGAUGCAGGAACUCGAAGAAGAGCUCGUGCAGACGAAGAUGCGAUAUGCCGAGAUCAACUCCCAGCACGAAACUCUUCAAAGGAAAUGGGCCGACCUCAAACGCCAAUUUGCCUAAACCUCGAGAUUCCUCUUCCCCUAAUCCCGCCCUUACCAAGGCCUUUAGGUUCCGACAUAUUCAUAUUCUUGUACAAAAUUCUCCUACCCAUUGUAGUCAACCAUCCAUCCACCAAAGGGGGCGAAGAAAGUAGGGACAAGCAAGUAGGCAAGUAAUUGGGAAUCAUAUCCUUAACCGCCACGUUAGGGUAUAUAAAGUCAGGUUCUACUACAUCUUGGUCCUCCCUUUCCUCUACCCGAUUAAGAUAGAUAUGGCGUUGCUCGUCGAGAUAGAUCCCCACGCUUUUUGGUUGACUAUAACUGAACCCCACGAUCAACCCAACCCGCCCGGGUUCAGCUGAAAUAGAUUAUUUCCGUCUAGGUAGUCUUCCUUAUUCUUUUUUAUUAUUCUUGCCGGUACCUACAUACCUAAUAGGGGCGCUUUUAAACCGAAGUAGAUUUGCAAAGCACAACACGAAGGGGGAAGAAGGGGGGUGGGAGUACCUAGUAUAACUCCAAACAUAGAGAGAUGAUGAAGAAUCAGGAGAAGAAGAAGAGAUAGUAAAUCCUGCAUUAGGAAGUAAAGCCUCAUUCCGGAGACGAGACGAGAUGAGAUGAGAUAAGGUGCAUUGCAUGCAAAAGGAGAGCAUUACGGAAAAGGACCUAGUAAGAAGAAAAAAUGAUACGCAAGAGAUCCUGAAUGGGG